AUGACACUCAUGAAAUCAAAUACUAGGAAGGAGGGCAACGGGACCCAACAUGUCUACUUUAAAUAUCCCUUUCCUCCAGGCCCCAAACUCCCACUCUUCUCUUCUCCCAAGCAUACUUCCAAAUUUUGGACCAGCUAUUCUCAAGCAAUAAGAUCAGUAAUACACACACACUCUUACGCUGACUUCUCGAUUCGGCACCAUCGCCCUCAACAUCCUCACAUUCUGCGUUCCUACACUCAUUCCCCUACCGCCCUCACAGUCUCUUGCCCUCGGCAGAAGGAGACUGUCUCGCCCCCAACCGUCGAUUACUCAAGUCUUCACCGUCACCGGCCAUCAAGUACCAUGGAUCAGUCCUCCGCUGCUGCUUGCUCCAAAAGCCCCUCAGCCUGUUCCGAUGGCGACAAGGUUAAGAAGGCCGACGAUGCCUCUAGCUACAGCUGCCCGUCCACUACCAAUGCCCCUGUCAACACCGAAUGUGAUGUCUCGUCGCCCCCAGGCGUGAAUCAAGACCGGACUCUCAGUGUUGCCACCGAAGACUCUCGCCGUACCAGCACCGGCGAUGUCGAUGAGCCGACCAAACCUGCUUGCGAGAAGAAGGCUGCGUGUGAUGCCGAGACUGCGUGA